AUGACGGUCUUCGUAUGUUCUCUAUUCCUCCCCAAUACCAUCAACUUCACGCUCCCCACCACAAACUCCACUCCCCGCACCCGACCGAGUCUCCCCACUCGGACCACAACCAAGAUCGAUACCUCUCAGCCCAGUCUAUUCGCUCAACGAGAUUUGACCCCUCCUAAUACGCCCCCAGGAGAUGGAAAUGACAAGUUCUUUACCCAAGAUGCCGGUCACUUUCCCAAGCAAGAAGGUCCACGAUCUAUAAUCGCUCCCAACGAUCCUCAUUCGCCAGCAUGGGGCACCGGCAAGCUCUUUACACAGCCCAGAUCCCGAGCUAGCUCUCCUCCCCCGGCCAACAUUUUGAAGCACAACAAGGCAGUAGACAGAGCAGUUACGCUUGGCCGAGCUGGAGUUCGCCAACCUCAACUUGGUGAACGAAGUGAUAGCCGUGACCGCGUAUUCCAACAUGCGGAUUGGACGGUUGUAAACGCCGAUCAGGGCAACGGAGGACUACGAAAUGCUGUUCAGGCUGCAGUUCGCAGCGGGAAUCUCAACGAAAAAAUCUGGGUUGGGACAUUGGGCAUGCCCACGGACGUUCUCGAAGAUACGCAGCAGAAGCAAGAUAUCGAGGACCGGCUGGCUACCGAGUACGAUUCCUUGACUGUCUUUUGCAAGGAUAGCGAUUUUGAUGGACAUUACACGCAUUACUGCAAACAAAUCCUUUGGCCAGUCUUCCAUUACCAGAUUCCGGAUAACCCAAAGAGCAAAGCAUAUGAGGAUCACUCCUGGGUUUACUAUGUCAAAGUGAAUCAAGAUUUUGCCGACAAGGUUGUCAAGAAUUGGAAGCGUGGAGAUAUCAUCUGGGUCCAUGACUAUCAUCUACUUCUGGUGCCAUCCAUGAUCCGCAAGAAGCUUCCGGAUGCCAAGAUUGGAUUCUUUCUCCAUGUUGCUUUUCCAUCAUCCGAGGUAUUCCGAUGCCUCGCUGUCCGGAAGGAACUGCUUGAAGGGAUGCUUGGGGCUAACCUCAUCGGCUUUCAAAUUCAUGAGUAUGCACGCCACUUUCUGCAAACCUGCAGCAGGCUGCUCUGUGUCGAGGCGACUAACGAUGGCGUUCAAUUGGAAGAUCGCUUUGUGGAUGUUAUGGACCUGGCUAUCGGCAUUGAUCCAGUGGCCCUUGAGAUGAACCGAGCAGAACCGGUUGUUGAAAAGUGGUUAUGCACAAUGCAAGAGCGAUACCAAGGCAAGAAGCUUAUUGUUGCUAGAGAUAAGCUGGACAAUAUCCGUGGUGUUCGGCAAAAGCUCCUGGCGUACGAGUUAUUCCUGAAUAAGUAUCCCGAGUGGCGUGAUCAUGUAGUCAUGAUUCAAGUUGCAACCUCUACGACCGAACAGGCUGAGCUCGAUGCCACUGUCUCUGACAUUGUUACGAGAGUCAAUUCGUCAUGGGCCAACCUGGCUUAUCAACCUCUUGUUUACCUCAAGCAAGACAUUAGUUAUCCUCAGUAUCUUGCCUUACUCACGGUUGCUGAUGCUUUGAUGAUUGCCAGCCAGCGCGAGGGAAUGAACCUAACUUGCCACGAAUACCUCUUUUGUCAAGAUGGCAAAUUCAAGGGACAUAACAAAUUCGGUUCACUGAUCUUAAGCGAGUUCACUGGUAGUGCCUCAGUCUUUGGUGGUCAUGAACUUUCAGUCAAUCCUUGGGACUAUCGUCAAUGUGCCGAGGCAAUCAAGAAAGCUUUGGAAAUGGGCGAUGAGGAGAAGGAGGCACGUUGGACGAAGCUGUACGAAGCUGUGAUGAAGCAUACCGCAGAGCACUGGUUUACUACUUUUCUCACUCGGCUUGAUAAGGCGUACGACCAGCAGAAUAGUCGCGAUACAACUUCUAUUCCUCGGCUGUCCAUCAACGUCCUCAUGAAUCAAUACCUGAAAUCAGAUCGGCGUCUGUUCAUUAUUGAUUAUGAGGGUACUCUGGCCUCUUGGGGAUCACCGCAUGAUAUUAUCCUCACCAGCCCUCAGCGCACACUGGAUGUCUUAAAUGAUAUUCUCACCGACGAACGCAAUAUCGUAUAUGUCAUGUCUGGCCGCCAGCCCGAAGAGCUCGACGGCCUAUUCAAGCGUGUACCUGGUCUUGGUCUGAUUGCGGAGAACGGCUGCUUCCUCAAAGAAUUUGGUUCUUCGAAAUGGGUUGAGAUGGCUGAUCCUGAAAAAAUGCAUGCAUGGCAAGACUCUGUCGAAGGUAUCAUGCGGUACUAUCAGGAACGCACUCCCGGCUCCACUGUCGAGAGCCGUCAUUGUAGUUUGACGUUUAACUAUAAGAAUUGCGAGGAUCAGGAAAGCGCGAGUCGCCAAGCUGGUGAUUGCGCAAGUCAUAUCAAUGAUGCUUGUGAGGAGCAGAGAGUAAAGGCUACACCAGUUGAGGACGCUGUCUUCGUUGCACCAAUUGACUGGUCAAAAGGCACAGCAGCAGCGAAGAUCUUUGAAGGUCUCCAGAAAGAGAUAACUUCUGAUCCAACCCACAACCCACCCAUCGACUUCCUGAUGGUCGUCGGUGAUGGCCGUGACGAUGAAGUUGCCUUCCGCUGGGCCAAUGAACUUCAAGAGAACAAGACGAUCAAGAAUGUUACGACUGUGAGCGUGGGAAGCCGCAACACUGAGGCUGGUUUUACUCUUACUCAGGGAGUCACUGGUGUUCUUACAGUCCUCCAGAAACUGGCACAACUGCCCUACAAAACCACAGUUCCCACAAGCUCGUAA